AAAUAAGCUCCAAUCUCUCUCUCACCCAUCCACAUUUCGGUUUUCUGUCUCUCUCAUUGGGCUGACAGGGUUUGUACCGUAAUAUCCACAAUCCUCACUCAAUUCGCUGCAUUUUUCUUAGAGAAAAUUCAUCGCUAUUUAUUCUUGUCCAUUCUCAAGUCGUAUGGAAUCGGAGUUUAGCUCCAUGAAAUGAUUUCUGUUAUGAGCAACGGAUUCGAGCCAAAUCGAAGAAACAACGAUUCACUAGAGAAAGGCACCAAACUUAGGGUUUCCAGUAGCAGCACCCCCACAGAUGGUCCUGAAGAACCUAGGGUUUCUAUGGACGUAAAUAAUUCUAGGGUUUCAAAUUCCCAAACUGACGAUUCUUCUAGGGUUUUGAAUUUGGAAAACGAGGGAAAUGAAAUUAGGGUUAGGGAAGUGAAAGACGAAGAAGAUGUGAAUUCGGAAAAGUCGGGUCGGGUUAAAGGGAAGAACAAGACAGCAUUGGGUUCUAGUAAAACUGCAGUGAAGAAAGGGAAAUCGGAGCCCGUUGUUUCGCAGUAUGAUUUGAUGCUGUCCAAGUUUGAUGAAUAUGCAGGAAAUGUGAAAUCUUGGUCAGUUGGGUUUGGUUUUGAAAUGGGUGAUAUGGUUUGGGGAAAAGUGAAAUCACAUCCAUGGUGGCCAGGCCAUAUAUUUAGUGAGGCUUUUGCUACCCCUUCGGUUCGUAGGAGUAAAAGGGAAGGUCACAUUUUGGUGGCUUUCUAUGGUGAUAGUAGUUAUGGUUGGUUUGAUCCUGAUGAGCUUGUACAUUUCGAGCCGACCUUUGAUGAGAAGUCUGUGCAGACUAAUGUGAAGACUUUUAUAAAGGCAGUCGAGGAAGGAGUUGAUGAAGUGGGUCGUAGGAGUGCUUUAGGUUUGGUUUGUCAUUGUAGGAAGAGAUAUAGAUUGCGUGCUGCGUCGGUUAAUGGUUUUUUUGCUGUGGAUUUUAGUGAGCUUGAGAUGAAUUGUACUUACUCUGCUAGUCAGAUUAAGAAGGCUAGGGAAAAGUUUCAACCGAAAGAGACUCUUGAUUUUGUGAGGAAGUUGGCGUUGAAGCCGAGGAGUAAAGUUCACGAAGAUCUUAGCUUUGUUAAGAAAAAGGCGACGGCUUUGGCGUAUAGGAAGGCGGUGUUUGAGGAGGAGGAUCCUACUUAUGCGGAAGCGUUUGGUGUUAUUCCUUCUAAACAGGCACAAGAAGUGGCUCAGAGACUGCCUUCUUCAAGAGCUCCUUUGAGUGGCAGAUUGGUGUUUGCAGAUACUGUGGGUAAGGGAAAGGGUUCUGCAAAAUCUAAUAAAACGAAGGACCAAGAACAAUCAAAAAUUAAAAAGAAGGACGAAGUUGAGAAAGAAAAGUAUCUGUUUAAACGCAGAGAUGAGCCUGUUAACCUGAAAGUCCACCAAGUUGGUCCAGCACAAGCAGGUUCUUCUGACCAGCCUGUUCAUCUAGACGGUUCGUCCUUAGCAGGAAAAGAUGUAUCUCCUAGUGCUGCUGAUCACCUGCCUAAUGCGUCUGGUUCCACCUUGAUUGAGAGUUUUAAGCAGCCAUCAAGUCAGCCAGCUAAUGUGGAAGAACUGCAUGUAGAGAGACAAGCUGAAGAUGGUGGUACUGAUAUUGUGGGGCCUUCAGUGCCUGCUGAGGCAAGGCAACAUGCUGGGGGUUCUCAAGUAAACAAGAAGAGUGGGUCAGAUAAGGUCAAGGUUCGUAAACGUUCUGGUGGAGAAGUGAGUGGUGGAAGUAGUCCGUCAACCGAGAGGAAGAAAAAGAAGAAGAAGGUGGCGUCGGGCUUGAAUGCUAACUCUAAUCAUGGGGAUGGACAAGCAGCUGUUUCUUCAGAUAAUUCGGUAAUGGAGAGAGUUGCAAGUGAGUCUGUCCAAGUUCCUUCAGCUUGUAGGGAAGAACUUCAAAUGGAUGUUCAGCAAAAGGGUAAUCCUGCAGACAGUUCUGUGCCUGACCGUGUGGGAACAGAAGAUAAGGUUGGGAAUAGAAGCAGUGAUAUUGAGCUUCCUCAAGUACUAAGUGAUUUGCAUGCGAUUGCUCUUGAUCCCUUCUAUGGUGCAGAGAGCAGAAAUAUAAAUACAAUACGAGAACUGUUUCUGAAAUUCCGGUCCCUUGUCUAUCAAAAAAGCUUGGCCUUGUCUGCUGCCGUUGAGAGUGAGUCAAGUACCCCUGUCAGCAAAUCACCUGUUGCUGCCCCUAUGUCAGAAGCUGGCCCCAGCAGCAGUGUGAAACAAGCAUCAAAUCUGAAGCCACAAAAGAAUCCUCCCAGGCCAGAUGAUCCUACCAAAGGGCGAAAGCGGGGUCCUUCAGAUAGGCAAGAGGAAAUGGCUGUCAAGAAGAAGAAGAAGAUCAAUGAUUUGAGAGCAUUGGCAGCACAGAAGAAGGCUUCGGGGAAGACUUCAGAAGUUCAACCAGGUGAAAGCAAGGAAAUACCUGCGAAAAAACUGGCUUCAACACCUGUGAAACCAUCUAAGCCAGAUAGUGGCAAGAAGAAGGAGCCGGUAGAAAAGGUACCUGACCCAACCAUGCUUGUUAUGAAGUUUCCACCUAAUGGAUCUCUUCCCUCCAUUUCUGAGCUGAAGGCAAGGUUUGCCCGUUUUGGGACUCUGGAUCAUUCAGCUACUCGGGUCUUCUGGAAGUCAUCCACCUGCCGUUUGGUCUACCAAUUCAGGGAUCAUGCAGUGCGGGCCUUUAGAUUUGCCACUGGUAACCCGAAUUUGUUUGGGAACACCAAUGUGAGAUGCUUUAUUCGAGAAGUGGCAGCCGAAGCACAAGACACAGAAACUACCACCAAGGUGCCAAGGGACGAUGCUAGUACCGGGACUUCUGCACCAAAAGAUGGAGUAGCUGAUUCGAGGUCCUCGGCAAAGUCUGGGCAGCUGAAAUCAUGUCUAAAGAAACCCCCAGGUGAGGAAGGACCGCCUGCAAAUGGUGGUAAUGGUAGUAAUAGGGGAACUACCCGUGUAAAAUUUAUGUUGGGUGAAGAAGAUAAUAAUAGAGAUAGAGGUGAGCAGACAAAUGAUAUUAAGAACGUCAACAACUCUAGUAGUAUUGCUGAUGGAAGUGCAUCUUCUAGUUCUAAUAUCAUCAAUUAUACAACUCAGUCGUCCAUGCUCCCGCUUCCUAUUGCUCAAUAUGCCAAUGCACCAAAUGAUAAUCACAUUGCCCAUCAAGUAGCCCAUAGAAAUGUGCCCAAUUAUAACAAUCAAUUGUCUGUUCCUGAAGCCGACUUUUCACAACAAAUGCUAGGCCUUCUCACCAAGUGCAAUGACAUUGUGACCAAUUUGACGGGUUUAUUGGGCUAUUACCCUUAUCAUGCCCUUUAAUAAUAGGCUCGUGAUUUUGGAAGGCUUUUGGGCUAAGCCACCAACUCAUCGACACAAUGCACGACAUUUAGUGUCGGAAGAGUUUCUUAAACAAAAGGACGCAGAUUAAAAUCUGCCUGUGCUAAAGGAGCUGCCGCGGCUGGAAGUUGGAAUUGCUUAAGUAUCUCCCGAUUGUACCUGUAAAAGAAUUGAUGAUAGUGAUUGUGCCUUCUUGUU